AUGGCAGAAAGCGGUAGUAGAACCGAAGUGAAGUUCUUAAGAAAAGAGCUGGCCACCCAGCUGGAAGAAUGCACAAGAGCUCACAAUUUGUAUCGCCAGUCGAACGACCUAGAUCAUGUACCAUCCGAGGACUGGAUCAUCCAGCUGGAAAACGUCACCGCAACCUAUUAUGGACGUAUCGACGAGUACAUCCGCACGGUCAAUCGACCACCUUCAGCCGUGCCCAGCAAUCCAUCCGAUCGAAGCAGGCAAAGCAUCCGGAGCAACACGACGUGGCUCGACCCAAACCAUCCUAGAGCCUUUCAGCAACCAGAAAAUCCCUUCGACGACCAAGGCUCAGCUUCAAUCAGCGAAAUACGUGAUUUGCCGUCCGAGAUGGAAUACGAGAAUGAUUUAAGACAGCGGCUGGAUGACGAAAGAUUGGCGAGAGAAGAUUUAGAAAGAAGAUUGCAACAGCUACAGACAGACAUGGCAGCGAAAGAAAAAGCCGGUCCUGAAAAAGAAGACAAUGCCGCCACCGCAGCAUUGACAGAGGAACUACAAAACCUCCGGCUACAGAUGAACCAAUGGAAGCAGACCCAGGAUGCAGAAAUGGCAAACCGCAUCAAGCUGGAAAAGUCCUUACGGGGCGACAUCGAAAAACAAAAAAGAGAAUUGGAAGAAGAAAAACUCGCCCGUCAGACUGAAAAGUAUCGGUACGAACGGGAAAAAGAAAGCGACUGGGACAAAUUUAGGUCCGCCGUCGACGAGCGUUUUGCGCAACAUAAUGAGGCGACAUCCACCAACAAAGCAGCGCACAACACGGAAUCACAUAGACAGCACCAAGGAGCAAGACCCAAGAAACCACCAGCCUCCGCGGGCAACCGAGGUUCCGGUCCGCCACCUUACACGGAAGAUGACGCUUCAAUCGGCGCGGAAUCAGUACAGUCGUAUCAGGCGCCUCAUCAAGACAAAGAUAUGGAUGCAAACAAUUGGUCGUUCAAUCUGAAUGGCAAAGAGGAUCGACAACCGCCAGGAAUUCAUGGAUCGGCGCAUUCCGUCUUUCGUCUUCCGAAGAUGGACCUCAAGCCGUUUGACGGCGAUCCGAAGAAUUGGCAAGACUUUAUCGCAAUUUUUCGUGAUUUGGUUCACAAUAAUUCCAGUCUGACAACGACUCAAAAAAUGGCCAUUCUCAAGCGCUGUCUGACCAGCGAAAUACGCGACGGACUUGGUGAUUCAUUGAGCAGUCCGGCUUUGUACCAAGAGGCAUUACAAGAGCUGGAAUCAACAUACGGACAUCCCCAGAUCGUGUCGAGGACUUAUAUUCAGUCCCUCAUUCAGCUCCAGCGAGUAAGCGCGAAUGAUUACAAGGCGUUAUUGAAAUUUUCGCAAGCUGUAAAUGGGGUAGUAGCCUCGCUGAGAAGCGGCGGCUACCAACACGAAUUAAAAUCAUCCGGCCUUUUGGACAUCAUAGUAACCAAGCUCCCUUCCGAGGUACAAAGCAGGUGGGGGAGACAAAUCGUGAAGAAUCACCCUGUCAGUCAAACACUCCAAGACUUUGCUACCUGGUUCAGCAAGUUCGUCAAAGGCGAAAUGAUGGCAAAGCACAGUCAGAUUUCUCUGACACCAAUCACGCCAGCAAAACCGAAAAGCGGAUCAAAACCGGGCCGGCAGCCCGACAACAAAUCCGGUUUUUCACCGACUAUAAACGCAGUCACACAUCCAGCGACCUCCGGCGGAUCAUCAUCGUCAAAAUCGAAGACGGCGCAGCAAGCGGAGGCGCCUCCAAAGAAGCUUAUUUGCCUCCUAUGCAAAGGCGAUCACCGCCUGGGACAGUGCAAGACUUUCGUUGAAAUGUCGCUCGAAGAAAGAAUAAAAAUCAUCAAAGAAAAUGGAUGCUGUCUCCGAUGCUUAAGCAAAGGACACAUGAGCAAGGACUGCACAAGCCGGAAGAAAUGCAUCAUCAACAAUUGCGGUCAACCGCAUCACUCAUUGUUACACGACGCUCCGCGCUUGGCCCCAACCGAACCAAAAUCAAUCCUAAAACCAGAGAAGACAGUCACGCUACCCUUGAAUGUGGCGACAGUCUCCGUCGACGACGACGAAUCAUGCACGGUGAUGCAAAUAGUACCUGUCACCCUCGAAGCGGACGGAAAAACAUUGGAAACGUUUGGAUUCCUCGAUCCAGGAAGCCAAACGACUUUGAUUUUAGAUCGCGCUUCAGAACAGCUCGACCUCGACGGCGAUGAAGAAAUGACAAAGCUAGGAACGUUCCAUGGAGACGACCCGAUCAUCAAAAUGAAGAAAGUUAAGUUCAACAUCCAACCAAGAGACGGAAGCCGAUCGUUUCCUGUAAAAAAGGCGUUUUCUGUUCCCAAGCUUAACAUCAACGCCCAGCAGAUUGAAUGGCCAGUCACAAAGCGUGAAUGGGGCUAUCUUCAAGACGUGGACCUGCCGCAUAUCGACACCAACAACGUCACCAUCCUCAUAGGCAGAGACGUUAUGCGCGUCCAUGAUGUACUGGAGCAUCGCAGUCCACCCGACGGAACCGAAGCGCCUGACGGAAUUUUAACUCAUUUUGGAUGGAGCAUCGCAGGUCCCGUUCCAGAGUCACUGCUGAAGCGACAAACUUAUCGGCCCAUUUCAGUUAUGCACAUUUCACGUCAACAAUCCGACGAGUUCUUAAAUGAAGCUGUCCAGCGGUUCUGGAGAACGGAAUCGUACGGUGUCGGACUUUCUUCUCAUCAAAACCUACCACCCGAUGAUCAAAAAGCGCUUCGCAUUCUCCAAGAUACCAUCCGGCACACUGGCGAGCGCUACGAAUCGCCUUCCGUCAUUUCGCGUCAUUGGAGCGCCGCUUUAAAAAGGAUCCGGCGUUUGCUAGGUUAUGCGGCCGUCGUCAACGAGUACAUCGCGGCCGGCCAUGCAAAAUUAGUCGACCCCAACUCUCCUUUCACUCGCGGCCAUGUAUGGUAUCUGCCGCACCAUGGAGUCACAGCGGCAAGCAAGCCCGGAAAAGUUCGAGUAGUUUUCAAUCCGUCUGCUCGCUUCCGCGGCACAUCACUAAAUGAAGAGUUGUACAAGGGUCCGGAUUUACUUACUUCCCUCAUCGGAGUAUUAUUGCGCUUUCGGUUGCACCCAUGUGCAAUUUCUGGCGACAUUCAGAAAAUGUACCAUCAGGUACAAGUGCCAGAACAUCAACAGUCAUUAUUGCGAUUUAUCUGGAGAGAACCAGGCAGCACGGAAGACCCACAAACAUUUCAGAUGACCGUUCACGUCUUCGGAGCUGUCUCCUCACCGACAAGCUGCAUUUAUGCUCUGCGACGGACCGCCGAAGAUUUUGGACCCCAAUACCCAGGAGCCGCUGAGAAAGUAUUGAAGAACAUAUACGUAGAUAAUUAUCUAGAUUCAGCCAAUACUGAAGCCGAAGCCAUCGCCCAGCGCCAGGAAGUAACCGAUCUUCUCAAGCACGGAGGAUUCAAUAUGGUGCAAUGGAUGUCAUCGUCCCGUCCCGUGUUGACCUCUGUCAAUCAGGCUGAUCGAGCAAGAGCGCUGGAUAUCACCACCGAUCCUUUGCCCGUCGAGCGCACUCUCGGAAUUCUUUGGGAUUGCCAGCACGACGCCUUUAUGUUUAACUCCAACACCCGACUCGAUGUCAAAACGAAGAGGCAAGUCCUGCAAGAGAUUGCCUCGAUCUUCGAUCCAUUAGGAUUUCUUGUUCCAAUCGUGAUGGUGGCAAAAAUCUUGAUGCAAGAUAUCUGGCGAUCCGGAGUCGAAUGGGACGAUCAGCUCCCACAGGCCCUUCUCGAUGUUUGGAAGCGGUGGGUCGCUGACCUUCCCGCCAUCUCAACCCUGAAGAUUCCCCGAUGCUUUCGUCGAUCGACCCUGCCGUCGGAAUAUCAACUGCACGUCUUCACGGAUGCCUCAGAAUUAGGAUUUGCCGCUUGCGUAUUUCUUCGCGCUUCGUACAGCGAAUCCCAUGUUGGCCUCACUCUGAUUAUGGCAAAAUCAAGAGUCGCUCCUCUCCGCCAACUGUCAAUUCCGCGGCUGGAACUUCAAGGCGCAGUUCUCGGCGCCCAAUUAUGUGCCACCGUUAUCAAGGAUCUUGGCCCGAUCGCAUCCGCCGUUUAUUAUUGGUGCGAUUCACAGACAGUGCUACAAUGGAUACACUCGAAAACGUGUAAAUACCACGCCUUUGUCGCCCAUCGAGUGACAGACAUUCUGGAUAAAAGUGAAGCGACUCAAUGGCGUCACAUCCCCGGUGAGCAUAAUCCCGCCGACGACGGAUCCCGAGGUGUGUCCGCUGCCUUCUUCACCACCCAACAUCGCUGGUUUCGCGGCCCUGAUUUUUUAUUGAUGCCUGAAAUGGCCUAG